UGUGUGUUUGACACAACAUAUGCCUAGCAAUGAACCACAAAGACAGUCCUGUCAGACUUUUGAAGGGGACGAGACCAAGAAUUGGAGUGAAUUAUUAAAAAAAAAUGCAGGGCAACGUAAUUCGAACUUUCGCAACUGUUUGAUUUAUCCACCGCCCUGUUUCCCCAGCAACUGGUCGCGGGGAAGCCCUUACUUAAGCCUACUGUCCUCGGAGGGAUUCCCCAAAUUAGUCUUUAUCGCCCGCACCCUAUGCAGUUCCGCCCUCAUUCCUGGCGCGUUAGAGAUUCAUUCUUUGAAAGAAAGAAUAAAAUGAAUGGAAGUUGCACUGUGAUGUUUGGAGAUUUCUUUUCCCACCUGGCUCCGAGAAUCUUGGUGCUCUUCUCACUGUUUUCCGGAAUGCUGGGUGACUGUGGACCUCCACCAGUAUUGAAACAUGCUAUGCCAUACGAUCCUGUUAAAUCUAUUUACAAACCUUAUCAGUCAGUAACCUACAAAUGUCUUCCUGGCUAUAGAGAAAACCAUGAAAAAAAACACAUUGCAACUUGUUUUCCAGAAACAGGAUGGAACUCGAUGGAAGAGUUUUGUGAGAGUGGCUGUGAGAGUCCACGAGAGACCAGAUUUUCUGUAGUGGAUGAUGAAUUUCUUCAUUUUUAUCCUGUGGGAUCAGUUGUGCACCAUAUUUGCCAUCGAAGCGCUGAGCACAUUCCUGGUCAUCCAAAAAGGCCUGCUAUUACUUGCCUUUCAAAUUAUACCUGGUCAUCAAUCCCUGUCUUUUGUAAAGGACAAUCAUGUGGUGAUCCAGGGAAACCAGAAAAUGGUGACCGCAUUAUUCUAAUGGAUUUCCUGCUAAAAGCGAAAGUAAAUUUCACCUGUAAUAAAGGGUACCAAUUAAUUGGAUCACCUACAAGCCAGUGCUUACCACGUACACUUUCUAAUAAUGCAGUCAUAUGGAAACCAAAGCCUCCAAUAUGUUUCAGACCCACUUGUCCUCCUCCUCCAGAAAUAAAGAAUGGAGCUUAUACCGGAGGAAAGAAUGGAACUUUCCCCCUUAACUCAAAAGUCACCUAUAUCUGUGAUCUUGGGUUUUCACUUUCUGCAGAUGAUCUUCUCCAUUGUAUAACUGAAGAUAAUAAAACUGGGAUCUGGAGAGGGUCUGUUCCUGAAUGCAAAGCUCAAUGUCCAGCUCCAGUUCUACCUCCCCAUUCUUCACUAAAAGGAGGAGGAGACCUAGCAGAAAGCUAUGCAGUUGACACUACUCUGCGGUUACAGUGCAUUCCAGGUUAUGAUUAUCUACCUGGAACAAUUCCUACUAUAAGAUGUCUUGAUACUAAUAAGUGGUCAGAUCUUCCUGCACUUUGUCAAGGAAGGCGAUGUCCUGUUCCACAUAUAGAAAAUGGCAGAAUAAUAGAUUCAGAUGACCUCCGGCUUGGUGAAGAAAUAACCCUUGCUUGUAAUGAUGGGUUCAGAAUUAUAGGUGGUAACACUCGACGGUGUACUUUGAAAUCAGGCAAAGUUGACUGGAAUAGAGAGCUUCCAUUUUGUGAACGUAUUCCUUGUGUUCGUCCUCCUAUAAUUGCCAAUGGAAGAUAUGAUCCCAAUCCUUUAGAUACAUAUGAUGCUGGCUCAACAGUACUCUAUCGAUGUGAUCCUGAUUACUCCCUUAUUGGAAAAUCUGCUAUUACAUGUAUAGUUGAAGAAAAUGGUGUAGAUGGAAAGUGGGAUCUGUCUCCACCUGAAUGCAAAAAGGUUGAGUGUCACAGACCAAGAGUCGAAAAUGGGAGAGUGGCAAGUGUGUUUCAAGCUACAUAUACGUAUGAGAAUAAAAUACAGAUUGAAUGCAAUCCUGGCCACACUUUGGUAGGGUCUUCUACAAUUGAGUGUGGUGCUGAUAGUCAGUGGAAAUCUGUUCCAACAUGUCGUAUACUCUCUACCACUUCCAAACCAACCAAAUCCCCUACACCUACUGUUCCUCCUACACCCCAAUUUCCCCCUAGGCCUGACACUGUUUCUCCAAGAGAAGAUGGCACUGAAGAAACUACAGCAUCUCCAACUGCAAGUCAAACAACUCCCACACAUGAAUCAGGUUCUAACAACACUGUCGGUAUUGUUUUUGGAGCUGUCACUGCUGUUAUAGUUCUGGCUGCUUUAAUUUUUGCAGCUGUGAAAUGGUUCUCUCUCCAGGGGAAAGCUAACGUUCCUCAUGCUUCUACUGAUUCUUAUCAUGUAGUUUCAGAGAAAGAUAUGACUUUGGAAGAAAAACGAACAAAAUAUUGCUGCUUCCUGUUUUGCAUUGAUAUACAUAGGUGCAUGGGUUCUGCUGCCAGCUUCAUAGUCAUCACUGAAACAGGAGCAAUGAUUUCUGCCUACACACUCAGCCUUUUGUCUGCUGCUGCCUUCCUGGCUGCUGCUUUAGUGAACCAAGGUCCAGAAUGGACUUCUGGAAGUGGCAUCCACACAGAGAACCGGUUGUUCACAUAUUUGAAUCCCACCACUGGCUUUAAAGAUAGCUGUGAUUACCCACCUAGGUUACUUUCUGCUGAAUUAAUGGAUGAAUAUAAAGAAAAAGAUUUCUUUCCUGCUGGAUCAACAGUGAAAUACAAAUGUCGACCAGGUUACAUGAAAAUCUCUAGGCUGUAUUCUAUUACAUGUAAUGGAAACCAGCAGUGGUCAAGCAUUCGAGAGCCCUGUAAACGAAAAACAUGUGGACAUCCAGGAGAACCAGAUGGUGGCAGAUUGCUUGUAAGAGGCGAUUUUGACUUAGGAUCCACUGCAAAUUACCAGUGUAAUGAAGGGCGUAGGCUGAUUGGCCAGUCUACCAGAAGGUGUAAAGUAUCGAAUAAUAAAAUGGCAUGGACUGAUCAAGUUCCCUAUUGUGAGAUUAUUCCAUGUUUGCCACCACCAAAUAUUCCCCAUGGCAAGCACAGUGGAAUGUAUUUGAAAGAGUUCUACUAUGGGACAGCUGUAAGUUAUACUUGUGAUAAAGGCUACCCCCUUACUGGAAAUGCCUCCAUUUACUGUACAUCUAAGGAUGGGAUAAACGGAGAAUGGAGUGGCCGUGCUUAUUGUGGAGUACCACAGUGUCCAUCUCCUCAGAUCAAGAAUGGAAGGAUUGUGGCUGAAGUUUCCAGCACCUACAAAUAUAACCAGAAAGUUAGCUUUGAGUGCAUUGGGGGCCACAAUAUGGUUGGUUCCAAAGUGAUCUAUUGCCAAAUGGAUGGUACAUGGAAUCCCCCCAUUCCUGUCUGUGAACCUGGGAGGCAAUGCCCACCACCUCCAGGCAUUCAAAAUGGGAUUUGCAGCAACCAGGAAACAGGAGUAUUUCCCAGUGGAAUGCUUGUGAAAUACACAUGCAAUCCUGGCUAUGUUCUGAUUGGAGCGGUAACUCUUCAUUGCACAAAUGCUGGCAGAUGGUCUUCUCCUGCUCCUAACUGUGAAGUGGUGCAAUGCCAGACACCCCCAGACAUUCAAAAUGGGACUCGCAGCAACCAGGAAACAGCAAUAUUCCCCAGUGGAAUGAUUGUGAAAUAUACAUGCAACCCAGGCUACGCUCUGAUUGGAGAGGCAACUAUACAAUGUAUGGAUAAUGGCACAUGGUCUUCUUCUGCCCCUAAUUGUGAAGGAGGUAACUGUGCCACCCCCAUUAGGUUAGACUUUGCAGAGCUCACUGAUGAGUACCAGAAAAUGAAUUCCUUUCCCGUUGGGUCAUUGGUGCAAUACAAAUGCAACCCAGGUUAUGUUAAGCACCCUCGAAUGAAUGCCUCCUCUAUAUGUAUCAGGAAUCAAGUGUGGUCAGAAGUUCAAGAAUUUUGUAAAAAAAAAUCAUGUGGCCAUCCAGGAGAACCAGAAAAUGGUAGGCUUAUUGUAUCAGGAGAUUUUCUGUUUGGUUCUACAUUAAGUUAUAUUUGUGAGGAAGGGUACAUUUUGAUUGGACAGUCUUCCAUACAAUGUGUCUUGCAUGAAAAAAAAGUAAAAUGGAAUGACAGCUUUCCUGAAUGUCAGCCUAUCUUGUGUUCAUCACCACCAAAUAUUCCCCAUGGCAAGCACAGUGGAAUGAAUUUGAAAGAGUUCUACUAUGGGACAGCUGUAAGUUAUACUUGUGAUAAAGGCUACCCCCUUACCGGAAAUGCCUCCAUUUACUGUACAUCUAAGGAUGGGAUAAACGGAGAAUGGAGUGGCCGUGCUUAUUGUGGAGUGCCACAGUGUCCAUCUCCUCAGAUCAAGAAUGGAAGGAUUGUGGCUGGAGUUUCCAGCACCUACAAAUAUAACCAGAAAGUUAGCUUUGAGUGCAUUGGUGGCCACAAUAUAGUUGGCUCCAAAGUGAUCUAUUGCCAAAUGGAUGGUACAUGGAAUCCCCCCAUUCCUGUCUGUGAACCUGGAAGGCAAUGCCCAACACCUCCAGACAUUCAAAAUGGGAUUCGCAGCAACCAGGAAACAGGAAUAUUUCCCAGUGGAAUACUUGUGAAAUACAUAUGCAAUCCUGGCUACGUUCUGAUUGGAGCGGCAACUCUUCAUUGCACAAAUGCUGGCAGAUGGUCUUCUCCUGCUCCUAACUGUAAAGGAAAAUCAUGUGGACAUCCAGGAGAACCAAAGGGUGGCAGAUUGCUUGUAACAGGAGAUUUUCACUUUGGUUCCACUGUAAAUUAUCAAUGUGAGGAAGGGUAUAGGCUGAUUGGAAAGUCUUCCAGAAGCUGUGCAUUGUUCGGUAAAACAGUAGCAUGGACAGGUGACCUUCCUUAUUGCCAGAUGACACAGUGUCCAUCUCCUCAGAUUAAGAAUGGAAGGAUUGUGGCUGGUAUUUUCAGCUCUUACAAAUAUAACCAGAAGGUUAGCAUUGAAUGCAUUGGGGGCCACAAGAUGGUUGGUUCCAGAGAGAUCCAUUGCCAGGUGGAUGGUACGUGGGAUCCCCCCAUUCCUGUCUGUGAACAGGAGAUUGAAUGCAAGUCACCUCCAGAUAUCCAGAAUGGAGUUCACAGCAACCAGGAAGUAAUGGUAUUCAAAAGAGGAAUGUGUGUGAAAUAUACAUGCAACUUUGGCUAUACUCUAAUUGGAGAUGCUACUAUUCAUUGCACAGACUCUGGCACAUGGACCUUUCCUGCCCCUCAUUGUGAAAAAUCACAGUGUCCCUUUCCUCCAAGCAUAGCCAAUGGAAAACAUGAUGGUUUGGCUUUGCAAAUGUUUACUUCUGAAAUGGCUGUAACCUAUUCUUGUGAUCCAGGCUAUUUGCUUGUUGGAAAGGCAUCUAUUUCCUGUGGACCUUCUGGAACCUGGAGCCUUCCUGUGCCAUCCUGUGAAAUUAUGCAUUGUCUCCCACCCCCGAAAAUCAUCCAUGGGAAGCAUGUUGGUGAGGACUUCACAUAUGGGAAAUCAGUAAUCUAUAUUUGUGAUGCCGGCUAUUCCUGCAUUGGAAACUACAGUGUUACAUGUAUUUGGAACAGCUCAAACUCUGUAAAGUGGAGUGAAGCCCCCAGAUGCCAAGGUUGCCUUGCACCACAAAGUAUUGCCCAUAGCAAACGAGACAAUGUUACUUUGGAAGAUUUCCCCUAUGGCUCCUCUGUGACUUAUCAUUGUGAUCCAGGCUUUUCUCUUAUUGGAGCACCAACCAUUUACUGCCAGACUUCUGGAACAUGGGAUCAACCUGUCCCUCAGUGUAAAAGUGGAGAAUAUAUGGAGGCUAUCAAACAAGGUGACUCCCAGGUGAUCAAGGAUGAGAACAAUCAAAUAGAAAAAAUAAUUGGAUCAUUCAUAAAAAGCACAAUACAUUCAAAAAUCAACAAAACAACUACCAAGGACUUAGCAACUACCUUAACCCUAGGCCUUGGAGUAGAGCCAGAUAUUCAAAGAUUUCUGGAACCAUUAAAUGGUGGGAGCCAAAGAGAUCUCCAGAAAGAUGCUUUUCCAGAGGUCAGAAAUUGCAGUGGAGAAGUAGAUGGCUGCACCCUCCCACCACUUUCUGAUAGCAGGGAAGCAGAAAUAGAAACUAUGAGUGCUAAGGUGACUCUGGAGUGUGAAAAUGGUUAUGUCAGGAAUGAUACUUCUCCUAUUCAAGCGCAACAGAUAGGAUGGGAUGCCCCUGUGCCAGCAUGUACAUCAAGUAAACAAAGCUCCUACAAUUUUGCUACACUAGGUUUUGGUUCUGUGGGAAGUAUCCUAUUACUUGUUCUCAUUUUUGGUGGUGUGAUAUGGAUUGUCCUUCUGCAAAAGAAAAAGCGCAAUUGUACCUGUGAAGCCCAAAGAAAGUAUUGCGUUGAUAAUUAUGAAGAUUCCCCACUCUAAGAAAACUUUGUCUUCAUAGCUACAGGACAAGAUAUUAUUCUUAAUUGGCAGUUUCUUCUGAGCAAGCAAGUAAAAAUUAGCAACAAAUAUCAAGCUAACAUUGAUGGUUAUCUGAGAAGCAAUUAAUGUAUAAUAUACUCCUGAAAAAUAAAUAUGAAGCAGAGUUAGUUAUAUGACAUACAUGCUUAGGAAGGAAUGGAUUAGGUCAGUAUGAUUUUGCUACAAAAGCUGGAAUUUUCAGAUAACAUUCUCUUGAACUACAUACCAGUACAGGGAAUUUGACAACUGAAUGAUAUAAAUGUAUUAUCCAUGCCCUUAUUAUGACCAAAAGAUUGGUAUUGCAGCAUUGGGAAAAUAAAUGUAUGUUCCCUUUCACUCAAUGGACUGAAAACCUGGUUGCAAUUGCCCCCCAUGAGUGAAUUGCUUAUUGAAGAUUGUGUAUGGACAAGUAUAAUGAAAUAUGGGACACAUUUAUACAGAAUAAAAUAGGUUAAAAGUUUAUGAAUGUGUAAGACAUAUAAACAUUUCGAAUAAUAUUUGCAUUAGAGAAGUAAGUAUAGAAUUGGGACCAUUUAUUGACAUAUAUUAUGCUUUUUGUUGCAUUUUUUCACUUCGUUAUAGCAUUGCUUGUUUUUUCUUCUUUGAUAAUGUAUCAUGAUCACUAUUUUUUGUUUUAUUGUUCCAAAACAUAAAUAAAUAAACAAAUCAAUGCUUUAUUACUUCGGACUUCACCUAACCCUUUGAUGAAACAGACCCUCCCAAUUUAUUGUGCUUGCUAUCUUUUAUUUAUAUUUUAUUGAUUUUUUUAUGAAAUGUCUAUUUUUGAUUGUUGUAAGCUUCCCAGAGUCUGGCAGAUAUGAGUUUAAUAAAUUAUUAUCCAUUCAUAUUGCAUAUUCAUUAAGCAGCAACUACUUCAAGUGUGUUGAGCAAGCUGAUACCAGGAUAUACAGUAAAUAAUAAAAAUUCAAUUUAUCUUUUUAGAAAUUAUUAAAACAAUUCUAGGUCCAGUCCUAAAAUAAAUUUCCAAACAAAA